AUGUCGGAAUCGAUAGCAAUCCACAUCCUUCCCAAGCCCGUCACUAUCUCAACGUCAAAUCUCCUCAGUCUCUAUAAAUAUGUCCGCCUAGCCGCACUGCUCACAAACCCCGAGGCAUUUGGCUCCACCUACGCGCGCGAGACAGCCUUCUCAGAUGAUGCGUGGGCCGAGAGGGUCAACGAACGCGGACGGGAGACUCUGCUGGCUUUGUUUCACGGUUCAGAAACACACACAGCAACGCCGUCAGCUCCUCGCGAAAAUGACAAAAAAGAAACAGCAAUCGGUACAUUAACCGUUCUUUUUCCCAUCAUGCUUGCAGGUCACCCGCAGGACCCGGCCUACCCGCCACAUAUUGCCGAAGAGGUGCGAGCAUGUGAGGUCGACGUGUACAUGCUGGUCGGUAUGUGGGUGCACCCAGCACAUCGGGGGCGUGGUGUCGGGAAAGCGUUGGUGCAAAGAGCGAUGGAGGUCGUUGAACAGGCGAAACUCGAAGGCAACGAGCAGUGUGAAGAGGCUUCUGGGAUAAAUGAGAGCUGCGAUACGGUACAAGAAAAGGAUAAGAAGCAGAAAAAAAAAGUGCUGAUGCUCCUUGUGCACGACAUCCAGUACGAUGCGAUACGACUGUACAGGAACACAGGGUUUGUUGAACAAGGCAGUGUUCUGCAUGGGGGGAAAGCAGCGACUUGGAUGACAGUGACGAUCUGA